GGGGCUGGAAAUAGGCAGAGGGUUUAUGCAUAGAUGACUUUGUCUUGAUUAGAAAUUGAGAAUAAUGUCCAGCAAAGAAGAGAGAGUCCUCCAGUCUGAAUAUGAUGAGUCUCAAUAUUAUCCAAGAGUAGCAGAUGAGAGUGAGACGGACUCUGGUGGCACUCUUGAAUCUCUUGAUGAAGAAACACCAAUUCCCAUAAAUCAAGAAACUCUUUCUUCUCCUCCUCCUCCUCCUCCUCCCUCUAAAGAACUAACAGAUAAAGAAGCACCUAGUAAAGAAACUGCAAACGAUAAAGAAGACAUCAAAGGUAUCGUUGCUUCUGAUACGCAAACGAAAGAUGUUAUGAGUUGUGGCGUGUGUUUCCAGUUGCUGCUUGAUCCAGUCACUCUUAACUGUGGGCACAGUUUCUGCCUCGUCUGUCUUGCCCAAUUAUGGAAUGUCUCACGUAACUCUUCUCUCCUUUGUCCAAUGUGUCGUCAGCCUUGGGCUGAGCCUGGGGGCCGACUACCCUCAGUUAAUGUUAUGCUUAGGGAGGUACUAGAACAGACUUUUCCGGAAAAGAUUAAGGAGAGACGUGGGGCCCUCUCUCCAGAAGAGUUUAAUCUUAUUGUGCAAUACAACCAGGGUUCGGCCCAGCGUCCAGGGAUGGGAUCCGGUAGAGAGAGAAGACAAGUCAAUAUGCAUGCGAUUAUAUGUAUCUUCAUGACAGUUUUAUGCAGCAUUUUCCUACUGGUGUUUUUUGCUGUUAGUAUUAGUCUGUGGCUGGUAGGUGGCGUGGGUGAUCAUUACAUGCGUAAGCCAGUCCUUCACUGGACCAAUGAUGAUGUAAUGGAGUGGUUUGAAGGACUAGGUGACACUGUCAUAAAAGACUCAAGAGAAAUAUUUGAAAGCGAAAAAUUUGAUGGUCGUCAUUUGCUGAGAUUGACAGAUAACAGUUUGAAGGAGUACGGAUUGUCGAGUGAGACUUCUCGCAACUCUCUUCUCCUCUCGAUAGAACAACUAAAAGAGAAACAGAGAGCAUUGCCACGCAAUUUCCAUGAAUUCAUGGAGGCCAACAAGGAAGACACUGUUCUUAUACUACUAACAUACAAAGUAUUCCCAAGACUGACUUUUGGCUACUUGUAUCUCUUUCGAUACUACACCAUCUUUCUGCCUGUGGUACAGGUACAGCUCUUGGACAGAGAGAAGGAGGAUACUCCUCUCUUGACGAGUGAUGAAGAGAAUAUCAAAGAGAUUGAAGAUGAGAGCAAAAGACCCGAAUUGAUACAAAUGAUGGACCAGAGAAAGACAGAAACAGAGAAGGAGGAGGUUGAGGAUGGAAAGUCUUAUGAUGGUGACAGCCGUGAUAUUUCCAGUACACAACUGAUUGCGAUAUUCCUUGAAAUAUUGCUAGUACCACAUCUAGUGGUUGCCAUGUACACAUUGACUGGACUCCAGAGUGAACCAUUUCUCUCUUUAAUCAUACUAUUUCACUGCAUUGUGGCUACUUUGAGAGAAGUUAAGAACUUGAGGAACAAACUAAGGACACGACCAGCUCAUGGACAGACAUCAAUUUGGUCAUGGAUCAAGACUGGUCUCUUUAAUUGUCUAUUCUAUAUCAUACUUCUAAUGAUUGGUCAAACCAUCUGCUUUCUCUUCCCGUACCCUUUGCUGACUUUCACCUUUUAUGUUCUAAUAUUCCAAACGCUCUACAGCUUGCUUCAUCGACGUUUCUUUCUACCAAUUUUUCAAAGUGUGGGAAGAUUUGGCGCCCACGGCUUCGUUCAGUUUCUUAAUAACAACAGAUGAGAGGGAAAGGAAGUACUGAGAAAGACUAGCUAGUGUAGUUGUGUUAAUUUAUAUAAUCCUAUAGCUCAAUUAUUAUUGAUUUGUGUCAUAUUAUUAUCAUGAAAAGUACCAAUACUUAUUUGCCAUAUUGUGCUCUCUCUUCUACUCUUUUCUUACUCAAUUUUCUCUUUUCCACAAUUCUUGGCAAUAAUAUAAUCAAGAG